AGGCUCCGGUGCUCCGGGGGAGCAGGGUCCACCAGUCACUGUGUCAGCGGCGACGGAGGGCGGCGUCCCCGACCCUGCCGGUUCCUGUCUCCCGGGGUACGCCGAUGCUUCUCUUACUCCUCUGUCCUCGCCCACCUCCGCCCAGCCAGAGGGCACCCCGCGACCCAGCCGUCAUCGAGCCCCGGGCUGCGCCGCUGAAGCACAGGGCCCCAAGCACAGAACCCGCCCCUUCGCCCAGCCCCGUCUGUGGGGAUCGGCCCAGAGGGCGGGAGCAGGGAGGGGAGACGGGGUCCUCACCCCCAGCCCCUCCCCUGUCUCCGCCCGGGACCGCCGGGAGCCGCCCCUGCCCCAUGCCUGCCUCUCCGCCCAGGCACACGCGACCCGCAAAGACAGCCAUUGGGAGCAGCCCCGCCCUCGGGCAGAGUACCUCCGGACCCCGAGUCCAGUGCGCGCCACCGAUUAAGGCCGGCUGCUGCGCAUGCGCGACGCCGUCCAGGGCGCAUGCGCUUUCCGCGGCGUUGUCCGUUCUCGACGUUUGGAGGCGCUGGCUUGAAGGAGAAGGAAAAACAAUGGAUUCUGAAUUAUCACACAGCAUGGUUGGGAGCUAUCUUAACCCUCCAGAAAGAAUGUAUCUUCCAUCAUUCACGCAGAAUGAAGCAUUUCAAAAUCACCACCUUGGGAACUCUCCUAAAAUGUUUAAUAGUCCAAACAACCAAGCACUUGUUUCAGCAUUAAAAACUCUCCAAGAAAAGAUUCAUCGUCUCGAGCUAGAGAGAACGCAGGCUGAAGACAACCUGAACCUUCUGUCCAGAGAAGCAGCGCAGUAUAAGAAGGCCCUGGAGGAGGAGACGACCGAGAGGGACCUGGCACACGAGGAGCUGAUUAAACAGAAGAAAGAUAUCAGCAUACAGUUAAGCUCUGCCCAGUCUCGUUGUAUUCUUCUAGAGAAGCAAUUGGAAUACACAAAGAGAAUGGUUCUCAAUGUAGAGCGAGAAAAGACCAUGAUCCUAGAGCAGCAGGCUCAGCUUCAAAGGGAAAAAGAACAAGAUCAGAUGAAGCUGCACGCUAAACUUGAAAAGCUCCACGUCUUAGAAAAAGAGUGCUUGAGACUGACGGCGACUCAGCAGACCGCGGAGGAUAAGAUUAAAUAUCUAGAAGAAAAACUAAAGGAGGAGGAGCAUCAGCGCAGGCUGUUUCAAGACAAAGCGUGUGAGCUUCAAACUGGAUUUGAAAUCAGCAAAAUUUUAAUGUCCACAGUUUCAAAUUCAAAGCAUUGUAAGGAAAAGAAGAAACUACCAAAGAAAACUAACUGUUUAAAAAGAGAGCCACCUCAGCAAAUGGACCACAAGUUUAGAGUACCAACUUUUGAGAAAGAGAAGCCUUUCAGAGCGACUUCCCAGGCUAGAGCUAACGCUCACAGCUCAGGAGAGCCUGUUUCCAUUUGUGACAGUUUGUCUGAACUCCUGAUGACAAUGCAAGAGGAGCUGGCCCAAAUGAAUAUGGAGCACAGAGAGCUCCUGAGACAGAUGAUGCAGACCGAGAGCCAUUCUGUCUCUGAGGACAUAGAGCUGGAACUGGAGCAAUUAGUCAAGAAGAUGGAAAGCAAAGGAGACCAGAUCUCCAAACUCAAGAAGCAUCAAGACAGCGUCCGUAAACUGCAGGAAAAAGUUGAGAACUCAAGGAUAAACGAAUCUUCCGGUCUCCAUGGCCACCCUAAAGGAUCAAAGAACUUGAAAACCAGCCCCAGGAAAUGUGUGAGUGAGACCAGCGCUUUUCAGAGAGACAGCAGCUUUCAGCCAGUGCAGGUCCACAGCCUGCAGGCGAAGCUGAGGAGGGACGACAUCAAGUGGGAGCAGUGACCACGCACAGCAAACUGUCUGUCACGUAAAUGAACCUCGCCAGUGAGACCUCACGCCGUCUCCGUGGUUUUUAUUUCAUAUGCUCUUGGGAACCCUUGAAUUAUGUUUCUGGCUGCUAUAAAAUGUGAAGCCAUACAUUUUCAGAAUAAUGGCUAAUGACCUACCAGGGUUCCGGAAUAUGAUGACUGCUUUUUCGUGGUACUAACCGAAGGCCCUGACCUCACCAAGCUCCUUAGAAGCAUUCGCUUACGGCGCGUAAGGUAAAUCCAAGAAGUGUACUGAAUGGAUGCUCACUAAAACCAAGUGAAUCCGGCUGUGGGACUAGCCCAUAGUUCGAAGGCUGGUGCUGUAGAUCCACAGGAAAUAAACAGAACCCAAAAGUUCGUAUGCCUUCCCUGCAACUGCCCCUUCCCUGUCUGACAUCUCGCAGUGAUCUUGCUUGUUCUGUUUGCAAAGGGAGAACACAGUAAUUGUGCAGUUAGCUCUGCUAUGACAGCCACAGAUGAGAUGCAUAACUGAUUAACUUUUGAAGACAGUACUAAUUCAUCUUCCUUCCUCUGCCACGCCCGGUCUCCUUUACAAACCCACUUACCUUUUAAAUGAAACAAUCGAUUUUUAUCUUACUCUUUUUAUAACCUUUCCUGGGUUUUUUCAUUCAUGUUGUAUGUGAUUUACAUCCGUAUAUGACAAUGUAGAUGCCUAGGACCCAAGAAGGUAAUGGGAUUUUUAUAAGAAGUUAUGCAUUUCAUAACUUUAUCCACAGGAGAAAAUAAAUUAGGUAAAUGUGGUAUAUCCUUUUAUACUUUAAAAUCAGUGAUGUCACAAUGGAUUUCUUUGUUGUAUACACGUUACAUAAUAAAUUUAUACUU